CGCACGUUUUGAGCUGCUCUAGAGCACGACGACCUCCCCCUGACAGUCACAGAGGCUCUGAAGAACGAAUUUGACAGUCCAGAAACGGCAGACCUCAAGUUUAUCGUCGAAGGCAAAUGCAUCCACGUUCACAAAGCUGUGCUUAAGAUCAGGUGUGAGCAUUUCCGCUCAAUGUUCCGGUCCCCGUGGGUGGAAAGUCAUCAGGAAGUGAUUGAGAUCAGCCAAUUCUCGUAUACCAUCUACCGCUCCUUCCUGCAGUUCCUCUACACAGACACUGUUGACCUUCCACCUGAGGACGCUAUCGGCCUGCUGGACCUGGCCACCUCCUACUGUGAGAGUCGCCUGAAGCAUCUGUGUCAGCAGAUCAUCAAGGGAGGAAUCACCAUCCAAAACGCCUUUGCCCUCUUUUUAACUGCCAAACAAUUUGAUGCCGAGGACCUGGAGGAAUUUUGCUUCCGAUUUUGUAUCAGGCAUCUCACUCAGGUGACUCAGACGCCAACCUUCAGUCAAGUUGACGGAAACGUGCUCAAAGGGUUCAUCAUCAGAGCAAGCUAUGCUGGUGCCUUCAGGUACUAGUUCUCUCUGUUAAGUAUGCUUUAGAAAAUGUUGCAUGAGCCAGAGGCACAGCACCUGAGACGUCUUCAGGACUUCUGUACUAACUGCAGUCUGGAAACGGAACUUCUGUUUUGGUUCGGUGGUUCGGCUAUGUGGUACAUUGGAUCGAGCACUCAGUGCUCGACUGUGUUGGUCUGUCUGUAUUGGAGAUGCAGGGAUCGUGUGGCGAGGGCUGUGUGUAGUCGUGACGGAGCACCCAGUAAAGAUCGGCUCGUACUGCAUCCUUGCCUCCGUGUGUUAUUGUUAGAGCAAUCAAUAAGCAACCCACUAUGAGUGACAACACCACAGAAGUUUAUCAGAGCAUAAAGCCACAACAUGGUGUCAGAAGACGGAGUUAC